GCUGGCGCCUCACAGGCUGCAUGAUGACUGUAAGUCCAAGUAGUGCCAUGCGGAACCUCACCUCAACACUCCAAGGUAAUUAGUUUCUACAUAAAGGGAGCUCUACUGUCUUAGCUCUAUUUUCCAUUUAGCCUCUACCCGUACCUUUCCUUCAACUCACCAACCCGGUCAACUAACAAACAUUCCGCCCCCUCCCACCCCGUCCAAAAUGGCUUCCCUCCCCAAGGAAAUGAAGGCAUUGAUGUACACCAAGCCGGAGGUGUUCUCGGUUGUCACGGUGCCAUUGCCAGAACUCCGUGAAGAUGAUGUUCUCGUCAAGGUGAAAGCUUGUGGUGUCUGCGGGACAGAUUUGCACAUCCACGAGGGGGAGUUUAUCGCCAAGUUCCCCCUGAUCCCCGGCCACGAGACCGUCGGCGUCGUCGCUGCCAUCGGUCCCAAGGUGGUUGGCUUCGAGGUUGGCGACCGCGUUGUGGCAGACAACGCCGAGCUGUGCGGCCACUGCUUCUACUGCCGGCGCGGCGAGGCGCUACUCUGUGAGAACUGGAGCGGUCACGGUAUUAACCUCAGCGGCGGGUUUGCUGAAUAUGUCGCCUACCCUCACGGAAAGGUCUUCAAGAUCCACAACAUGAGUGAUAUCGACGCCACCUUGAUCGAGCCCGCGUCCUGUGCCUGCCACGGCCUGGACAAGAUCAAGCCGCGCCUAGGUUCCAGCGUGCUCAUGUUCGGCGCGGGCCCCACCGGCCUGAUGCUCGCGCAGCUUCUCCGGCAGAACGGGUGUUCCCAGGUCACGAUCGCCGCGCCCCAGGGCCUGAAGAUGGACCUGGCCCGGAGCCUGGACGCCGCCGACACGUAUGUCGAGCUGUCCCGCUCCAACCCCGGCCCGCAGUUCGAGCAGCUGAAGAAGGACAACCCUUACGGGUUCGACAUCGUCAUUGAGGCCACCGGCUCCGUGAAGAUCCUCGAGGAUGCUAUCAACUACUGCCGGCGAGGAGGCACCCUGGUUGUCUACGGUGUCUACGCCAAGGCCGACCGUGUGACCUGGCCGCCGGCCAAGAUCUUCGGCGACGAGAUCCGCAUCAUUGGAUCGUUCUCCGAGGUCUACAUGUUCCCUCAAACCGUCGAUUACCUCGACUCCGGCAAAAUCAAGACCAAGGGCAUCGUGAACAAGGUCUUUCCGCUCGAGAAGUUCGGCGAGGCCCUGGAGAGCAUCAGGAACAAGAGCGCCAUCAAGGCAGCCAUUGUGUUCGAUUGACUCGCCGAUUCACAGCCGGGUUCCCAAGGCCCCGCUGGCAACGAAGGAAAACCAAAACUGUGAGGCAAGAAGCAUCUAGUUGGCCCUAUUUGUAUGUUGUUGGGCCGCUC